GCACAGCCCUUCUCUCUGACUCUCUCACUCUUUCUCACUCCUGCCAAAACAUGUCUGCGGAUAUUGUCCUACUCGCUACGGUGUCUUUCAUUUCUGCCUGCCAGCAAGCAUACUUUGCCAAACUGGUGGGAAAAUAUCGAAUGAAACAUAAGGUCAAUCCUCCUGCAGUUACCGGACCUCCAGAGUUUGAGAGAGCGUUCAGAGCGCAGCAGAACUGUGUUGAGUUUUCUGCAAUAUUUUUGGUCGAUCUUUGGGCUGCUGGGUGGUUUUUUAAUCAAGGAUUAGCAGCAGUGUUUGGGCUUGUAUACAUUUAUGGUCGCCAUUUAUACUUUCAUGGCUAUGUGGAAUCAGCUAAAGGAAGGCUUCCAGGGUUUUCAUUAUGCAAACUGUCCUUGGUCUGCUUACUGGUUAUGGCUUCAGCUGGGCUAAGCAACAGCCUCCUAGACAAGUACUGUGACAUCAACUUGAUCAGCCGACUGCAGCGCCUGAUAUUUGGAUGAGGAAUCAGAUGGUGUACAUGUUAGGGAAGGUGUUUUUUACUGUUUAUUGUUUUUUUAAGUGCAGUAUUUAAGAGAAUUGAAUUUUUGUAUCACAAUGGGACACCUCUCCUCCAUUAAAUUGUCUUAGUAAACACUGCUAAAAAGUAAAACACCUUAAGAACUAGAUAGGUGGGUUAUUUGUGGCUGAGUUGUGUUAUGUUGUCUAUUGAAUAUAGAGGGAAUAAGUAUCA